CAACACAACAACACGCAAGACAACAACAGUACAGUGGUACGAUGGCAAAGAGAGGGACUGAAAGCGGGUCAAGUCCUGAUACCGGUAGGGGCAGCAAGAAGUUCAAGACGAAGAAGGAACCAUCACCGCCGGGCUUACUGAAAGAAGCAGGAGAUGCGGAAGUGGAAGUGGAAGGCAACAAAGAGCAGAAGCAAAAGUUUAUCGAGAAGUACAGCCACGUUGUUGAUCAGCUCGUUCGGUUCACCUUUAACACUGUGAACACCACUGCUGCUGAACGCCAGGAUGUUUGCAAGGCGGCUAUUCUUUUCAUGCGACGGGGGCCCAACGUCGCCCCCGGAGCCUUGCCUGUUGGAUUCGCAGGAGUUGCGGGGCUGGCAUUUGUGGGGGACCCUGCGAACGAACCCACCGAGAUUCGAUUCUCGGGGGCCCAGCAAGUUGCAAAUUGGAUCGCUGAUGCACAAGCUCGUGGCUAUGCUGCUGGAGUUGGGGUAGUCCGAUUUACGGUUGAACUCACCUCAGACAAUGGCGGUCACUGGUCUGCUCCUUUUGAAGUGUUGCGUUUUAAAGUUGUAAUAUUGUGGGAUGGGAGAUGCAUUUUAAUCUUUGGAGAAAUUGAAUUUUUGGCUUGCAUUGUCUUUUAAAGAUAUCAGAGUCAAGUCCAUGUACCUGAUACAAGUGUUCGGAACUAGUUGCAGAAUUGGUAGUUUGA